CGAUCUACUCCAGAACAACAGUUCAAAGUUCCUAUUAAAAUCGCGACCAAAAUGUCUGGAAAGUUUGAGCCGAAACAGAAGGUCGACCUUGACCCGCCAAAGGACGAUCCGAUUAGCUUGGAUUACCUAUCUAAGUGCGAUGGAACACAUGAGGGAUAUCCAACAUACGUGGCUAUCAAGGGAACUGUUUUUGAUGUGACGGGAAAUAAAGCAUAUGAACCCGGUGCUUCAUACUCUGUCUUCGCCGGCAAAGACGCAUCCAGAGCUCUAGCACAAUCUUCGUUGAAGAAGGAGGAAUGCCGCCCUGAGUGGGAAGACCUCAAACCAGAGCACAAGAAGGUGCUUGAUGAUUGGUUCACCUUCUUCAGCAAGCGUUACAACAUCAAGGGCAAGGUUGCCACUGGUAAUUCGAACUUGUGAUCUGCUGAUGACAACCCAACAUGAUAGCCCAUAACAAUAUACCCAAGACAUCGAUUCCUCCAUCCUAAAAGGUGACCAAAUCAAUUGCCACAACAUUGUUGAUAAACCCUGGGCUCCUUUGGAAGAAAUUGAAAAUCAAGCCUCCCGAUAAACCCGUAAUACGUCCGCCUAAACCAUCCUAUCAUUCGCAGAGUCAGCAUGAAAUCCGAUUCACUCGGAGAGAAGCGAUUGUCUUACCUUCAACACUGACGGCACCAGGCCGCAACCCGUCCGGAGCAGUUCGGGCAACUUCUUCUCAUUCUGAGGUGUGUUCCGAUGCGCCAGAUUCUCUUGCAUUCGGCGUAUG